AUAUUGGCAUCCGGCACUUACAAAUAAUGGAAAUGAACAUUCGCUCAGCUGCCCUUCUCUCUUUUGCCCUUUUUCCCGCCAUUUUCGCCGGGUUUUGAAACUUUCCGGUGAAGCUAGGUCCCCCAGAGGGUGAUGCUCGCAAAACCCUAGCCCUAGUUCCAUUCUCCGUUAUUCUCCGUCGAUCUUCUUCUUGUCCAAUCGAGACGGAGCUACAUACGGUCGAUUCGAUGGAGAAGUACCUGAGGGAGAACUUCGACGUCGAGCCGAAGCGACCCUCGGAAGAAGCCUUGAGGAGAUGGAGAUCCGCCGUCUCGAUCGUUAAGAACCCCCGCCGGAGGUUUCGCAUGGUCGCGGAUCUUGCCAAGAGAGCCGAAGCCGAGAGGAAGCGUAGGAAACUGCAGGAAAAGAUAAGAGUAGCUUUAUACGUGCAAAAAGCUGCAUUGCAUUUUAUUGACGCUGGUAAAAGAGUUGAGUACAAACUCUCUGGAGGAGUUAGGCAAGCUGGUUUUGGCAUUGAGCCAGAUGAACUUGCAUCCAUUGUUCGCACCCAUGAUAGCAAGGGCUUAGAACUUCAUGGAGGGGUUGAAGGAGUUGCAGGAAAAUUGUCCGUCUCACUGAAUGAUGGUGUUGCUGCAAGUGAAAUACCCAACAGGCAAAAUAUUUAUGGCUUAAACAGAUAUGUCGAGAAACCUUCAAGAACUUUUUGGAUGUUUGUCUGGGAGGCCUUGCAAGACUUAACUCUAAUAAUCCUUAUUGUAUGUGCUGUGGUUUCUAUAGGUGUUGGGAUUGGGACUGAAGGGUGGCCAAAAGGCAUGUAUGAUGGGUUGGGAAUAAUACUCAGUAUCAUCCUAGUUGUUAUGGUUACAGCAAUCAGUGACUACAGGCAGUCCUUGCAAUUCAAGGAGUUGGAUAAAGAAAAGAAGAAUAUAAUUGUUCAGGUCAACCGAGAUGGAUGCAGACAGAAGGUUUCAAUCUAUGAUUUGGUGGUUGGAGAUAUUGUCUUACUAUCUAUUGGAGAUCAAGUUCCUGCAGAUGGGGUUUUCGUAUCAGGCUAUAGCUUGUCAAUUGAUGAAUCAAGCUUGUCAGGUGAGAGCGAGCCAGUGAAUGUUGAUAAAAAGUCGCCUUUCCUUCUAUCAGGGACCAAAGUGCAAGAUGGUUCUGGUAAAAUGCUAGUGACAUCUGUUGGUAUGAGGACAGAAUGGGGAAGAUUGAUGGAAACUUUGAAUGAAGGGGGAGAAGAUGAGACUCCCUUGCAGGUGAAGCUUAAUGGAGUGGCAACCAUUAUCGGGAAGAUUGGUUUGGCUUUUGCUGUGCUAACAUUUUUGGUGCUUACUGCCCGGUUUCUUGUGGAGAAAGCAAUUCACCAUAGGAUGACGGAUUGGUCUUCAGGCGAUGCGCUUGAGCUUUUGAAUUUUUUUGCUACUGCAGUUACCAUCAUCGUAGUUGCAGUUCCAGAAGGGCUACCACUAGCAGUAACAUUAAGUCUAGCCUUUGCAAUGAAAAAAUUAAUGAAUAAUAAGGCUCUUGUGAGGCAUCUAUCUGCAUGUGAGACAAUGGGAUCUGCUACUUGCAUUUGCACAGAUAAGACAGGCACUUUGACUACAAAUCAUAUGACCGUCAAUAAAUUAUGGAUAUGUGAAGAAAUUAAAGUUGUAGGAAAAAACAGCACAAAAAAUACAUUGAAAUCUUCUCUUUCUGAAAGUGUAUUGAGCUUCCUUCUGCAGUCUAUAUUUCAGAAUACUGGCUCUGAGGUGGUCAAAGGGAAAGAUGGAAAAACUGACAUUUUGGGUACUCCAACUGAAAGAGCCAUAUUAGAGUUUGGCUUGCUGUUGGGAGGUGACUUUAAUGCCAAUCGCCUGGAGUCUAACAUAGUGAAGGUUGAACCUUUCAAUUCAGUCAAGAAAAAGAUGUCUGUGCUUGUGAAUCUUCCAGGAGGUGGUUUUCGAGCAUUUUGCAAAGGAGCAUCAGAAAUAAUUUUGAAAAUGUGUGACAAGAUUGUUAAUACUGAUGGGGAAGCCGUAACCCUAUCUGAAGAACAAAGGAAAAACAUAAGUGAGGUCAUAAAUAGUUUUGCUUGUGAAGCACUAAGAACUCUCUGCUUGGCUUUCAAAGAUAUACAAGAUAAUUCCAGUGUUGAUAAUAUUCCCAAUGAUAACUAUACGCUAAUAGCAGUGAUUGGAAUCAAGGACCCAGUGCGACCUGGUGUAAGGGAAGCUGUGCAGACUUGCUUAGCUGCUGGGAUUACUGUAAGGAUGGUCACUGGUGACAAUAUAAAUACAGCAAAAGCCAUAGCUAAAGAAUGUGGCAUUUUGACAGACGAUGGCUUUGCCAUAGAAGGGCCAGAUUUUCGUAACAAAAGCCCCCAGGAGAUGGAGGAGUUAAUUCCAAAGCUUCAGGUUAUGGCUCGAUCACUGCCUUUGGACAAGCAUACCUUAGUGAACCAAUUGAGGAAAGUAUCUAAAGAGGUAGUGGCAGUAACUGGCGACGGGACCAAUGAUGCUCCAGCUUUGCAUGAGGCAGACAUUGGACUUGCUAUGGGCAUUGCUGGAACAGAGGUGGCUAAAGAAAACGCCGAUGUCAUCAUUAUGGACGACAAUUUUAGCACCAUAGUAAAUGUUGCCAAAUGGGGUCGGGCAGUUUAUAUAAAUAUUCAAAAGUUUGUACAGUUCCAGUUGACAGUGAACGUCGUUGCCCUCAUGCUCAACUUUGUUUCGGCAUGCAUCUCAGGAUCUGCUCCCCUCACUGCUGUUCAGUUGCUAUGGGUGAACAUGAUCAUGGACACUCUUGGGGCACUGGCACUGGCUACAGAACCGCCAAAUGAUGAGCUGAUGAGAAGACCUCCCGUUGGAAGGAAUGCUAGUUUCAUCACGAGGACCAUGUGGAGGAAUAUCAUCGGCCAGAGCAUUUAUCAACUAGCCGUCCUUCUGGUUCUCAAAUUUGACGGGAAACGACUUCUGAAGCUCUCGGGAUCAGAUGCCAGCUCCAUCCUCAAUACAUUCAUCUUCAACUCCUUCGUGUUUUGCCAGGUAUUCAACGAAAUGAACAGCAGGGACAUGGAGAAGAAAAACAUAGUGAGGGGGAUAUGGGAUAGCUGGGUAUUCAUGGGCAUCAUGGUGUCGACAGUGGCUUUCCAGAUCAUAAUAGUCGAAUUCUUGGGUACUUUUGCUGAGACGGUACCACUGAGCUGGGAGUUGUGGGUGGCCAGCAUCUCCAUAGGAGCAGUGGGCUUGGUGGUGGGAGUAGUCCUCAAGUGUAUACCCGUUGAACCAACCAAAAUGCGCGGUGCCACUAACCACGACGGCUACGAACCCCUCCCGGCCGGCCCUGAUCUUGCUUGAAUCCCCCACCCCAUCACCGCAGAAUCUCAAUUUUACAUUUCUCAUGGUCCUCCCAUUUUUUUUUUAUUUUUUAUUUUUUAUUUUUUUUCCGUGCUCCAUAUGCUUCUUUUUCAACACAACCAGGAGCCUAUUUUGUUUUUUGGAAAAGAGUAGGAUUAUUCAUAAAUUGUCAAAACUCGGCCGAGAAUUGUAUGUUUAUAAGGAGUAGGACUCGCUUUAUUUA